UGCAUUGUACAUAUAACCUCUUUUUAUUAUUAGGGUGAAGAAUCUGGACAGUGUGUUCCCCAAUAUGACAUCUGCAAAUCAGUCAGACCUUUACCCGGCUUUGGCAUCCUUCCUUAAAAGUCGCAUGAGUCUGUCAGGUUCGGCCUGUUCUCAGAAUGUCAGCAGCAGCGCGUGGAUACAAGGGAACUUCGGAAGAUUUGCGCAGUUUGCAAAUUUCAGUGAUUUUGCUGCACUGAAUGCAAAUUUCAGUGCUCUGGAUGCGCUGCCCAUCCUCACUGUUCGACAAAGGGUGAGCUUUAGCUUGGAGCUGAACGCCUCUAGUGACCCUGCCGCUGCAGCCAGCAUUGUUGGAACCCUACAGAACACCAAUGAUCUAUAUGACUUUUUGGCUUCUCUUAACACUGGCGUUGCCUCAAAAAACAUAAGCUCGGUGAAUGCGGCUUUGUCCCAGGCUCUGCUGAAUAAGACAUUUGAUGCCAUAAAAGCCAACAUCUCCAUGUUCAACAAGUCAGACUGGACCCAGCUCUUCCAAGAUAAGCUCAGCGCCCUGCUCCCUCAGAUCUCUUCCCAACAGAUCAGCCUUAUUCCUCUUAACAUCACCUGCGACUCCUACCAGGUCAUACUGAAUAGUUUGGACUUGAAUUUUCCAAAAAUGAGUUCAGGAAAUCAAAAGGACAUUUAUAAUUCUCUGAUCAAACCUUUUAUGACUCAAAAAGGUCCGUCCUGUGCUCAGAAUGUGGGAAGCGGUGCACUAAUCCAGCAAAAUUUUGGAAAAUUCUCUCAGUUUGCCAACUACAAAGACUUUGUGACCCUUAAUGGAAAUUUCAGUGGGGGUGAUGUUCUGUCUUCACUCACCAUGCAACAAGUUAUCGACUACAGCUUGGACCCUAACAUUAAUCAAGCAGCGGCCGCCGGGAUAGUUGGAAUGAUAACAGAUGUGAAUACCUUUUUGGCUUCCUUAAAAACAUCUGCUUCAUUGAAUAACGUCAGUUCUUUGAGUCCAUACCUGUCCCAGGGUCUCCUGGACAAAUCCUUCCAAACGCUGAAGCCGAACUUCAACUCCUUCAGCAGCUCUGACUGGACUCAGCUCUUCCAGGAUAAUAUAAGCUUGGUUUUACCAGCGAUCAGAAAAGAUCAACUCAAUCUCAUCCCCAAUAACAUUAACUGCGCCUCCUACCAAACCAUUUUCAACAGUCUGCAAACCAGUUUCUCAAAAAUGGCUUCCAACAACCAGGGAGACGUCUACAAGUAUUUUAUCAGACCGUAUUUAAAGCAGAAAGGUUCUGCAAUAACGUGUUACAACCAAAGUGAUGCUAAAUCAUCUGCUUGGCUUGUGAAUAAUGUGGGCCCCUUUAUGACUUACACCAGUGAAGAAGACUUGCGCCUCUUUGCUAAUCCUUCUAUGCUACAAUCUUUUGCCAAUGAUCCAUCCUCUCUACAACUCGCAAAACAGCUGAAUUUCCCCAAAGAAACCGGAAUUUAUUUCACCUCUCUACUGACCUCAAGUCCAUCCUUCAACCUGAGCAGCCUGCCGGACACAUUCCUCUGUUACCUGACGCCAUCAGCUCUGACCAGUCUGAAUGCACAGACCGUCCUGGACGUAACCAAAAGAAUAAAUAAGCAAUGUUAUAAUACUUCUGCGGGACAAUCUGCCUCCACUCCGACCGCUGAUGAUGUGCAGGUGGCCAUCUCCCUGGUCAGCAAACUAAGCAAUUUUACUUCUGAUACUCUUGUAAAUCUGGGACAAUCGGCUGUGGGUCUGUCCCCAGGACAAAUCAACAAGAUCAAUGGCAGUGACCUAAUAACCAGCGUGACCACUCUGGCCUCUGUCACUGGCUGGAGCGUCGGGCAGACCAAGUCCAUAAUGAAGAAGCUCCUGGACUCCAAUUUCAAGGUUGAGAACCUCACCAAUUUAGGAAGCUUAGUAACAGGACUACCAAGUAAUAAACUAAAAGAAUUGGCCCCAGAAGCAGUUCUUAACGCUGUGAAGGAUCCACAAUUUGCCAGCAAACUCUCCGGCGCCCCCCCAACUUUGCAGAACAUGUUUGUCUCACAGAUUGUAGCUGCCAACUCGACUGCAUCCAGUGUUGUUAAAAACGUCCCUGCCAGCCUGGCAGGUUUUAUUCCCAAGUCCCUCCUGCUCUUCAAAUCAGAGAAGGCAUCUCUACAAGAUGUUAAUGGCAAAUCAUGGAGCCCUGACCAGGCUGCCAUGUUUUUUGAUGACAUUGUGACCACCAACAAUAACUACACACAGAUUUCUUCUUCAGUCCUGCAAGGCUUUAACUGCGCUACCCCGAAUAAAAUUUCCAACGACCAAGUCAAGAUGCUGGGGAAGGCUAUGAAGACCCAAAAAGUGUCAUUGACUCAAGAUCAGCUGACAUGUCUGAGCAGACAAAUAACCAAGAGCGGCUAUCCAACAGAUCUGACCUCCUACCCCCCGGAAGUCUUCCUAUUCCUAAACUCCACAACUUAUUCCUCAACCGCAAACUGCACCGAUUUCUUCACCAAUGUCGGCAAAGCGAACAUCAGUGUCCUACCUAAAGGCUCCAGUCUGCGCAGUAAACUACUGCCAAACGCCUUGUCCUGUUUGAAUAUAUCAGGGUUUUCUCUGACAGACAGCAAUGUCCAGGUGUUGGGUCAGCUCUGCUGUGAUCUUAACACGUCCUACAUUGCCAAUUCCUCUGCCAGCAUUCUUACUGUGCUCUCUCAGUGUCAGUCCUUAAGUACUGAACAGCAAACGUCCAUCCUGACCCUCCUCAAGCAGCAAACCUCAGUGUAUGGGGCCUCCUCCACAUGGACAACAGACACAUUAAACUCUCUUGGAGUAUUCAGUGGAUUUUUAACCUCAGACAUUCUGAACAAUAUAUCCACAGUGUCAUUUAACUCCUGGAUGAAAUCGGCCAUACAAACCUCCAACUUGACCAGAAGCCAGUUUGUCACCAUUGUCUCAAAUCGUACUCCUUCUAGAUCUCGGCGAGCUACAGGUUGUACUACUGGUAACAUCACAGCUGACAAUGUGAAUGACAACCUGCUCCCAGUGACUUAUACCGCACAACAAUUAGAUGCCUGCCUAGACAACGAUAUACUGGUGAAUUACCUGUCAGUACUGAGCAGUAAGAUCUUCACCAACGAGCAACUCAUCGUCCUGAAGAAUAAGCUCGAUGCGCUCUAUCCUUCAGGUUACCCAGAUACCAUCCUAUCCAGCCUCGGUGCGAUCACUAAAGUAUGUGGAGACGCUGACGUGAACAAGUGGAGCAUAGGUUCAGUGGACACCUUCAGCAGUUUGCUUGCCGCCGAGCUGUCUACUAGUCUGGCCACUAGUAUAAUUGCAAAAUACAUUAGUUUGGGGAAUCCGAUAAAUGCAGCUGCUCUAAAUGUGAUCGGGAGUCAAUAUAUCUGCCUCCUGAGCAGCGCUCAACUGAGCCUCAUCACCACCACUGCUAUAAGUGAUGCCAAAGCCCUGGACGUUUCCGCAUGUAACCAAUCUGUAAAAGAUGCCCUGUACACUACGGCAAAGGCGGCCUACCAGGCACAGAAUAGCCAGGUGUCUAUCUACUACAACCUCAUAAAGCCAUAUCUGGGUGGAGCACCGGCCGCAGACCUCAAGUCCCUGGCUGCAAUGAGUCCCAGCAUGGACGUAGGAACCUUUGUGAAAUUAAAUCCAUCCGCUGUGUUGGGUCUGACAGUCAGCGAUGUGAAGGGUUUACUUGGCAACAACACGGUAGAUCUGACGACUCAGGUAAGCAACAGCGUCGUGAGCAACUGGAUCGCCAUACAGAAACAGUCUGAUCUGGACACCCUGGGCCUGGGCAUCCAGGGAGGAAUACGGGACGUCGCAACAACAACACCUACGACAACUAAGACUACGAUUAAACCUACGAGCUCAUCGACUUCUGUUCUCGCCCACGGCCUCUUGGUCCUGUUGGCCGUUUUUGGACUAUUCGCGCUUUCCUAAAACCUGACGCAGAAGACAAUCUCCUGACCGUGGAUUCUGUGGACGCCAUGAUUCCAAAAAUUCUCCAUUCUUCCUUGUUAUAGCUAAAGAGGUUGUCCAGGAAUAGAAAACCAGAGCUGAUUUCU